AGUGAGUGUGUGAGUGAGUGAGAAAGAACGAGGAAAAGAGGGAGUGUGUCGGAGAGAGAGAGAGAGGGAGAGAGGGAUAAGUAAGAAGUAAAAGAAGCUGAAUCUUUCUUUUUAUAUAUAUAUAUUAUAUGGUGUAUUUAUAACAGCGUGAGACAGAGGAGAUCAAUACACGAGCCGGUAGUAGUAGUGACCCGGGGCACUAAAGAGAAGAGAUUUUUUUUUUCUUAUUCUGUGUUUUUUGGGAGCUGUUAGAAUAAAAAAAAGAAGAAGAGGGACGCGGCGUGUUGAAGUCUCACUGAUCCGAUGAUCAUGACGGCAGCUGUCGAUAUGAAACCGACGUUAACGAUCAUAAAGGCUGAAAAGAUGGACGAUCCAGAGUGUGGCGAUGUUCCCCUGCUCACUCCGUCGAGUAAAGAGAUGAUGUCCCAGGCCCUGAAGGCCACCUUCAGUGGCUUCACAAAGGAGCAGCAGCGACUGGGAAUUCCCAAAGAUCCCAGACAGUGGACGGAAACCCACGUGGCGGAGUGGCUAACGUGGACGGUGAACGAGUUCAGUCUGAAGAAUGUGGACUUUGAUAAAUUCGGCAUGAAUGGAGCCAGCCUGUGUGCAAUGGGGAAAGACCGCUUCUUAGACUUAGCACCUGAUUUUGUGGGUGACAUCCUCUGGGAACAUUUAGAAAUGCUCCAGAAAGAGGAUACAAAGCAUUACCCCAUCAAUGGAUUGACCUCCAACUUCCAGGAAUCUCGCUAUACCUCAGACUAUUUUGUCAGCUACGGCGUGGAGCAUGCUCAGUGCGUCCCUCCGUCUGAAUACUCAGAGCCGGGCUUCAUCACGGAGUCCUACCAGACGCUUCACCCCAUCAGCUCGGAGGAACUGCUGACUCUCAAGUAUGAGAGCGAGUACCCUGCCGUCAUCCUCCGAGACACGGCCCUCAACUCCAUGCAGGGCGACUAUUUUUCCAUCAAGCAGGAGGUCGUCUCCCCUGACAACAUGUGUGUGGGACGCCUGAGUAGAGGUAAGCUCGGUGGACAGGACUCCUUUGAGAGCAUCGAGAGCUUCGAGAGCUGUGACCGGCUGACCCAGUCGUGGAGCAGCCAGUCUUCGUUCAGCAGUCUGCAGCGGGUACCGUCGUACGACAGCUUCGACUCGGAGGACUACCCCACCGCUUUGCAUGGCCACAAGCCCAAGGGCACCUUCAAAGACUAUGUGAGGGAGCGCUCAGACCUCAGCAAGGACAAGCCCGUCAUCCCGGCAGCAGCACUGGCAGGAUACACAGGCAGCGGCCCCAUCCAGCUGUGGCAGUUUCUCCUGGAGCUGCUGACCGACAAGUCCUGCCAGUCCUUCAUCAGCUGGACAGGCGAUGGCUGGGAGUUUAAGCUCUCUGACCCUGAUGAGGUCGCUCGGAGGUGGGGCAAGAGAAAAAACAAGCCCAAGAUGAAUUAUGAGAAGCUGAGCCGUGGCCUACGCUACUACUACGACAAGAACAUCAUCCACAAGACGUCUGGGAAGCGCUACGUCUACCGCUUUGUCUGUGACUUGAAAAGCCUGCUGGGCUACACUCCCGAGGAGCUGCACGCCAUGCUGGACGUAAAGCCCGACACGGACGAGUGAAACGGAACCGCCAGGAGGAAGCCAGAGACAAAAAUAUGAGGAGCCGCACGGACCGAGGCUCGUAAAGUGGUCUUAACUGUUUGAUAGAGUCGGUUAACCAUUUUCUUGGGGACCAAAAAUGUUUUUAAUGACUAAGUGUGGUCUUUGUUACCUUCGAGCGCCCGUGUCUCAGACCAGAUUUUAGCAAAAGAAGAAGGCAGAAGCCAAAAACCUGUAUUCCUACCCUGUCGCAUUUGAGGAGAGUGCGACUGUGUGCGAGUGUGUGUGUGCGAGAGAGAGAGAGAUAUAUAAUGGUAUUAAUUAGUAGCUCAAGGCAGAAGAAGCGCUAUCGGGUAGAGUUCAGGUUUUUUUUUUUUUUUUUCUGAGUAGCAGAGAAAGCCGAGACACACAGUGUGAGAGAACCGAGAAAAAGCAAAAUAAAGUGAUUCAUUUCAUUGUUGGGGCUAAACGGAAAGCGGCGGAAGGUUUCCGCGAAGACAACGGUUGCCAAAAUGUAAAAAAAAAAAAAGAAGAAGAAGAAGAAGAAAGAAAAAAGAAACUGAACCGAGGAAGUUAUGAUAUCAUAUUUACGUACAUGCUCACUGUUUUUCUUUGGCAAGAGAUGUGUGUUCAGCUAGGACCAAAAAAAAAAAGUGUCAUUCCUAAGUUGUUGUUAAAGGAGCAUAUGCUUGUGCCAGUAU